GGGCAGGGGGACAGAGUGUGUGUUGGUGUCACACAUCACAGCGAUGGUUUCCAAUGGCUGCCUCCUCUUCCUCCUGUCCUGUUUGCAGAUGUCCACCUGCCUCAAGGCUCCAUCUGUACACAGUGGUGCUGGAUCUCACAUCACAGCUGAGCAGCAGAACGACAGCGGAUGAAGAUGACCAACAGCUUCUGCAGUUUCCUGCUCGUCCUCACAUUCUUCAGAGGAAGUUACUUCAAACACCUGGAGCUGCACUUCCCUUCCCUCCCCUCAAGGUUCUGUCCAAUGGGGAGCCGUGUCUUCUGUUUCAGGCCCGGAAACUGUCUAUUCGCUUCGACCAGCGGAAGCCAUUGGACCUGACAGAGCGAGCGUUUUCUCCUCUGAAAUCUGUGGACAUUAGCCAGUCUGUCUGCGACAAAGACAAAGCCACGUUGGUUAUGAGGUUUGGAGAUGUGGAGGAUGUGAGAGGCCUGUUCAUCAGGAUCCAUCUGUCCAACUCCUUCUCCCAGUCCUCGGGUCAGAGGUGGUUCUCCGUGGACUCUCUGUCUCUGUCCUAUAAUGUCUCUGAGGAGGUCAUGUUCAACAUCAGUGACAUCUAUGCUCCGUCCUCAUCCUCCUACCACUGCCUCCAUGUCAGCAGCCUGCACCGCCUCAGCGCUCUGCUCCGGCCCUGCACUGACCAUGCUCACCUCUUGGCUGUCACCUUCACACACUUCCAGAUCCAGGCCUUCAACGUCAGCUCCGGUCACUUUUCCCCUCCUACCGACUGUUCCACUGUGGUGACGCCAGCGAUCCUCAUGGGUCUGGUCACGUCACUAAUCCUGCUGCUGGUCCUGGCCUACGCUCUGCACAUGGUCGUCCACCUCAAAGACAUCGACCACAACCAAGAACACAAAGACAAUGUCUACUCUCCUCGACACCUCCAACAGCCUGAACACUGCAGUGGGGAAGACAUUACUUUGACAAAUGCUCUGUAGACAGACAUACUGACACCAAACUGGAGACAGUUUGGUUCCAUAGACUGAUUGUAAAGACAUAGACAGUAUUCAGCCUCGGCCUGGUGUCACAAGCUCCGCCCCAUCCACGUUAUUCAGUCCAGUUCAGUUAACUAAAAAUACAUGUCCAUAAAAUGUUCUCAAGGUGACUUAGUCUUUUGAGAUUUCAGGAAAUAAUUUGUGUUCCAAUUGCUGCACCUUUUCUGGUCAUUUUGUAAUAAUAUGAGAUAAAACAAGUAACUGUGUAAUAACCAGUUACUGUCUUGAAAUUGUCCAAUGUGUGUCUUGGAACUAUUGACCAUGAGUGCUAGUGUGUCGGUGUCUCAGUGUGUCCUUCCAUACUGGAACCACAGAUAACCACAGCUGUGGGGUUUUGGGUUCAUUUGUCCACAGUGGGAGGACACGGUGCCAAGGCUGCAACUAAACACUAGUUUAAUACUCGACUAGUCACAGACUACUGUAACUAGUAGUAUGAAUGGCAAAAAAAGGAUCUCAUUUCUAUUUAUUGCAGCAAUAAAAUACAUUGUCUUUCCUUUAACAAGAACAUUUGGUGACAGCAGUUAGAACGCUAAACAAAGUUAAACAGAUAUUCAAUAUUCAACAAUUAUUGCAGCAGCAAUAACAUGCUUUUCUCCCCUUAAACAAAAGUGCAUUUUGUGCAGAACAGUUACAGUGACUAACAAAGUUUGUUAAACAACUAAAUACCCAAGAGCGGCAAUCAGCAAUAAAAUAAACAUUUGUCCUUAAACAAAAUUUCAUGACAUCACUAACAACCUACCACCAAAUAAAUUAUUUGUCAACU